CACAGUGUUUUUCAAGAAAUGGAUUGGGAUCAGCUCGACAUGAACCCCAGAGUGAUUGCAGCUAUUAAAAAAGCUAACCUAAGAUCUGUCAAAGAGAUUUUGAAUCUUUCAGGAGCAGAUUUGCAAAGGUUGACCAAACUGUCCUGUACGGAUGUACAAUACCUAUUAAGAGCCGUUUCUGGUGCACUGAGGAAGAACUCGGGCCUUACAGCACUGCAGCUCUUCCGAGACGAAAACCACAGCACUUCCCAACGCCGGAAACUAAGCUUAGGCUGCCCAGUUCUAGAUGGUUUGCUAAGAGGCGGCAUUCCGCUGACGGGGAUUACCGAAAUUGCCGGCGAGAGCUCGGCUGGGAAGACCCAGAUCGGCUUACAGCUGUGCCUUUCUGUGCAAUAUCCGUUUGAACACGGUGGACUAGAAUGUGGUGCCAUUUACAUUUGCACAGAAGACGCUUUCCCCCAUAAGCGCCUCCAGCAAUUGACUGAACGCCAAUCCCAGCUGAGAGGCGACAUCCCCCGUUCCGUCGUGCAGAAGAUAAAAUUCGGAAACAGCAUUUUUGUUGAACACGCGGCCGAUAUCGAGACUUUCUACGAGUGCAUCGCAAAGAAGGUCAGCAUACUGCUUUCGCGAGGCAUGGUGCGCCUGGUCGUCAUCGAUUCCAUCGCCGCCUUAUUCCGAUGCGAGUUUGCAGCUAAGGACUCUGUGCUCAAAGCCAAGUACUUGCAGACAAUUGGAGCAAAACUUCACCGGUUAAGCAGCACUUUCCGGACCCCGGUAGUGUGUAUGAAUCAGGUAACGGAUACAAUGGGUGAGGGCCCCAGCGGCGAUCACAGCAGUCCUUGCUCUACGGGCAAGAGUGUUGUUCCGGCCCUUGGAAUCACCUGGUCCAACCAACUGCUGAUGAGAUUGAUGGUCAACCGCACAAGCCAUCUAGUGCAGCCUGCUGAAGACGCACCCCAUGGAAGCACGUUAAGGACAAUGAGGGUGAUUUUUGCUCCCCAUUUGCCCCAGUCUGCUUGCUGUUACACAGUGAACCUGGAAGGAGUGAAAGGAAUACGGAUGGAGACUCUGACAUGGUAGGAAGCAAAGCAGAGAAGGUACAAGUCUUCUCCCUCCUUUUGUGUUUAU